AGAUGCUUUAAUUUGUCCUGCAGACCACAAUAAAAAAAUAAUUCUCUUCGUAUCCGAACUAACUACUGCUUUCGAAUUUUGAUCAACUACCAGCAGAUUUUUCAAAAUGUAUUCACAAAAAUUAAAGUUGAAACGAACAAAACAAAAGAACAUGUUAGAUUUUCGAUUAUCUUUAUCGUAAUCGAAUAUAUCACUUUUCAUUAGUUUAUUUAUAUUGGUUAGGAUCGUGCGUGUUUGGUUUCUGAUUAGUGAUUAUGUUUCAACUCAAGAUAAAGGGAAUGAUUUGAUAGUAAAGGGGGUAUGGAAAUUGUCACUGCAUGGAAUUUAGUCUGCAUUCCCUUAUCAUUCAGCUUUUCGAAGGCGUGAAGAUUAAGAUAUGACGGAAAGCGAAUCAGGAGCUCUUGUCAAACGCCACCAACCACCUAAAAAGGAUGUUGUUUGUGUGAUUGAUUUGACAAUUUCUGAACGUCGUGCUCAAAGGGAAAAAGCACUUGAAGAGAUUGAAAAAGCAUGUCAUGCUGUGGGUGCUGUGUUUCAUCAUGUUCAGUUUGAAAAGUUGGACUUUGGCGAAAUGAAUGUUCUUGAUUUAUUUUAUAAUGCUGAUGUUGCUAUUGUUGAUCUUUCAAUUUUAGAUCAACAAAGCCCUCUAUUCUAUCGACUGGGUGUACGUGAAAGUUUUGGGAUGAAACAAAAUAUUCUGUUAUAUAAUGAUUUUGACCCAGCAUCAACUGUUCCUUUGAAACUGUCAUGUGGAGGCUAUACAUUGUUGUCUUACAAAUUAAAUGACAAUGGACAGUGUGUGUUAACAGAUCCAUCUGGCAGGCAUCUUCCUCUUGAUUCGGCAGAGUCAAAGAUUUUGUUAAGUUUUCGACUCAAGAAACUAUUGCAAGAAGUAGAAAUUCAGUCUAAAGCUCACAUGAAAGAAAAGUUUCUUGCUGAUUUACGAAAGGCUAGGGAAACAUACACAGGAGAGGAAUUAGCAGAUGUUUUAAAACAAAUGCGCAAGCGCUUGGAUGAUCCGAACAUAAUAUCAGGAGAUGUAGUACUAAAUAUGCUGAUAUCAUUCCGUGAAAUCCAGGAUUACGAUGAAAUGGUUAAAUUAGUGGAUGAUCUGAUGACAAUUCCUAAUUUAAAGUUUACCUUUACUUGUGCUAUACAACAUCAGUAUGCAUUUGCAUUAAAUCGGCGUAAUAAGGAAGGAGACAGAGAAAAGGCUCUAAGUGUCGUUUUUAAGGCCUUGGAGAAAAAAGAAAACGAAGUUCCCGAAAUGGUUUGCCUUUGUGGCCGAAUUUAUAAAGACAAAUUUGUUGAAUCUAAGCACACUGAUCAAGAUAGUUUGGAAAAUGCAAUUAAAUGGUACCGCAAAGGUUUUGAAAUACAUCCCAAUGAAUAUGCUGGAAUUAAUCUUGCUACUUUGCUUGUUAUUGCUGGUAAUGAUUUUGCAAAGUCAUCUGAGUUGCAACAUAUAGGGCGUGUUCUAAGUAACUCAAUUGGACGCAAAGGCAGUCUGAAUUCUCUGCAGGAUUACUGGGAUGUAGCAACAUUUUUUGAAAUUAGUGUGUUGGCUGAAGAUUACACUAAAGCUAUUGAAGCUGCUAAAUGCAUGUUUGAUUUAAAGCCUCCAAUAUGGUAUUUAAAAUCUACUAUUGGAAAUAUUGAAUUGAUAAAUCGUUUCCGAAAAAAACCCGAACAUAUACAAUUGACAGCCGAAGAACAUGUAUUCAAUUUUUAUUUGGAAUAUUUUGUGGCUGCCUCUGAAGAUGAAGUCUCUGAUGUUAUUCGCUUUCCUAUUUUAAUUUUGGAUCCUGGGAAAGUGUACAUGCCAAGCAAUGUGACUGUCAAUAUGGGUGCAGAUGAAAAAUCUAUUCAUAUUAGAAAUUUGUGCGUGAAAGAAUUAAGAGGAGAAUGUAGAAAAUUGCAUGAAUGGGUUUUCAAUGCUUCAGCUUUAAAAAGUGUCAGUCUUUACAAAAGGGACGAACGAUGUCUAUUCCUUUAUGUUCAUCAGAAUUCAGAUGAUUUUCAGAUGUUUUUUCCUUCAGAAGUGAUGCGAAAAAGAUUUUAUGAUCUUCUGCUUGAGAUGACAGCAGAUCAGGAAGACAUAAUAAAAGAUUUAAACACUGACAUCAAUCCUGGUGUUAUAAAGUAUGAAUAUGAACUUGAUAAUCAGAGGAAGCGAGUUAUUUUAGGAAAGGGGACCUAUGGUGUCGUUUAUGCUGCUAGAGAUUUAACUACACAAGUUCAAAUAGCUAUUAAAGAAAUUCCUGAAAAAGAUAUCGGUGUUGUUCAACCUCUCCACGAAGAAAUAAAGUUACAUUCUGAACUGAGGCAUCGAAAUAUUGUUAGAUAUUUAGGAUCAAUAAGUGAAGAUGGGUAUUUUAAAAUAUUUAUGGAGCGUGUGCCAGGAGGAAGCAUGUCACAGUUACUACAAUCAAUAUGGGGUCCUUUGAAGCAAAAUGAAGUUACAAUUUCAUUUUACACUAAGCAAAUACUAGAAGGCUUGAAGUAUCUGCACGACCAAAAAAUUGUGCACCGAGACAUCAAAGGUGAUAAUGUGUUAGUGAAUACAUAUAAUGGUGUUGUCAAGAUAUCAGACUUUGGUACAUCAAAACGUUUAGCUGGAAUCAAUCCUGCUACUCAAACUUUUGCUGGAACUCUACAGUACAUGGCACCAGAAGUAAUCGACAAAGGACAACGCGGUUAUGGUGCCCCUGCUGAUAUUUGGUCACUUGGAUGCACUGUUAUAGAAAUGGCAACUGGAGAACCUCCAUUUGGUGAGUUAGGUUCUCCUCAUGCGGCUAUGUUUAAAGUAGGAUUCUACAAAAUGCAUCCAGAAAUACCUUCCUGCAUGUCUGAAAGAGCUCAGAAUUUUAUUAAAAGAUGUUUUGUUCCGGAUCCUGAUGAACGUGCUACAGCAUCAGAUCUCCUCGAAGAACCAUUUAUACUAGAGCCAAGUAGAAAGAAAAAGCCUCCAAGAGAUAAAAAGCCUGCUCCAGAUUUCAAUAGAUCUAUUUCAGUUCCAGAACGAGUUUCCAAAUUAGACAAACCUGGGAAAGUGGAAAGAUUUGCAAGUACUGGUGAAGAAGGUUCAUCUGUCCUCUCUCGUAGAAGCCCAUCAAACUCCCUCAAGAUUCCAUCACCAAACUUUUCAUUUAGCACAGAAUCUUCAGAAAACAGACGAUCAAGUACUGGAUUAUUAAGUCCUCCUAUAGACAGUCCACAAAUUGAUCAAGAACAAGGCAACUUUUAUUUAUUGAAAAAGGAUUCUCAAAGACGAGCUACAAUCUGUAAAGUGUUACUGGAUAAUGCUGAUACUAUUUGUGAAAACUGGAUGAAUGAUCUGAGUCAGAAGACGCCUGACAUAGUUUUGACGAUGGAUCAUUUAAAGGUUCUUUUGGAAGGUCUCCGGGAAUAUAUUCCAGAACAAAAUAAAUUAUAUGUUCAGCAAGCUAUAAGUAGCCUGAAAGAAGAAGUGGAAUUUGACGGUACUGCAGUUAAUCAAAUGCAUUUAGCAUUGUACGUUUUUCAAGAUGCAGUAAAAUCUGUUUUAAGAAAACAAAAUAUUAUGCCACAUUGGGUGUUUGCUUUAGACAGUUUGGUGAGAAGUUCAGUUCAAGCUGCAAUCAGUAUUUUAUCUCCGGAACUAGGAGAAAAUUUAUUAGGUAGAAAUAAUGAGAAUGAGCAAGAAGAAAUCACUCUAGGCUCUGUCAAUUCUACGAAAUCUGUCCCAACUGUUUAUGUUAAUUCUGAAUUCAUGCAGAUGCAAAUGAAAAAUGAUGAGCUGGUAAAAGAAAAUACUAGGCUUAUGAAAGAAAUGAUUUCUUGGAAUCAAGUUUAUCAAGACUCUAUGAAAAAUAUAAUUGAACAAAAGAAAACUUGGAUCGAACUUUUAAAGCAAGAGGUGCUCUUUCCUGGUGCUUUUUUAACUGGUGCUGGACUUCAUAUGAAGAAUUCACCAGAACAAAGUAUUUUUGCAUUUUGUUCUCAUUUAAAUUAUGAAACUUUUAAUGGAAAAAUAAGUUUUGAUGGUGAUGUAUAUUUAGACGAAGAAUUUAAGGACCUCCAUGAAUGGCUAUUAAGUGCAGGCGCUGAUAAAGAGACAAUAACAAGAUUUGCUGUGCAAAAAUACAAUAAAGAUGACGUCCUGGAAUAUAUGACUAGAGAAGAUCUGAGAAAUUUGGGCAUAAGGGGAGGAAUGGAGCUUAGAAUUUGGAGGCACCUUGUAAAUCACCGUUUGCAUCACAUGGAAUCAUUUGCUAGAUAAACUGUUUCAUAAAGAGAAAAAUGAUAUGCAUUUUAAAACUUCCAUUUGUUUUUAAUCAUAGCAGCCAUGUUUUUCCAUUUGUGGAUUUUAACUAUUUUUUUGUGUACCUAAUCAAAUUUUAAUAAAUGUUUUGUGUUUUUGUA